AUGAAACUUGUGCCGUACGACAAGACGCAGAGCAAGGAGACGGAGUGUCGCUACAGCCGCAACCAAGGCUACGUCAUCUUCUCGGCGACCGGCUCGUUCUACCUCCCGCUGGCGGUCAUGCUGUACGUGUACGCUCGCAUCUCGUGCGUUAUCGCGCGCCGCCACAGUCAGCUGACGGGCGGUGUGGAUGCGCAGCACCAGAGGAACAGCCGGCUGGUGAGCAACCAGGACGAGUCGGACAUGGAGCGGGCGUCCUCCGAGUGUGAAGACGGCCACAUCCGGUGUACGAGCCUGAUGAGCCCCGGCGUGCUGGAGUUCGGCGCCGGCACGGCGGGCACGCGCUCGCUGCGCGCGCACUACCUGUACUGCACGCCGCAGACGUGUGCUGCCAACGCAGACCACAACCACGCGCACGCGCACUCGGCCGGCCCAGCGUCGGCGCGCUCCAGCUUCUACGGGCGCGCGUCGCGGCCGCUGUCGCUGGCGCUGGACGUACCCUCGAUGGAGACGGCCGCGCUGCAGGCGGGGCUGCCGCACGUGUCCAGCCGCGUCUCCUCCUUCCGGCGCGAGAGCAAGACGGCGCAGACGCUGUCCAUCGUCGUCGGCGGCUUCAUCGCCUGCUGGCUGCCCUUCUUCAUCUGUUACAUCCUCCUUCCGUGGGUCCACAUCGCACCGCCGCUCAUGAUCUUCCUCACCUGGCUGGGUACGUGA